GACGACGCACUCUCCUCGCUCGCUGUGCUUUGCGUCAACUGCUACACAAAUUCUCUUCCCCCGAUUCUCUUUAUUUCCCUUCUUAAAAAAAAAAAAAAAAAAAACUCUUACUCGAAGAACUAGGGAUUGGGGAAGCGUUCCAUCGCCCCUGGGGCCGUUGAUGCCCUAAGGGACGUAUUAUUUCGGAUCGGGGAUUGGAAUUUGAGGAAGUGUUCUUGGAUUAAAGCGGGUUUCUCGAUUUAAAAUGUCAGUAGCUUUCACCCGCCUCUCUCAUUUCCUAUGGGGAAAAAAAGAUCAUGAGAAAACCACCAAUACCUCUCUUCCCGAUUUCCCAUCCGGAUACAGGGAGCCGGAUUCCGUCAAAUUCUCAUCAGUUAAUGGCCCGAGGGCGCAGUCGUCUUCUAGAAGGAUCAAGAAAAACUGGCAGAGGCAGGAGGAGCAGAUCGAUAGGGAAUUUGAUGUAGUUAUUGUACCCUCGGACGGUGGAUGCAUGUCGGGGUGGGAAUCGGAUGAUUCAGAUGGUUCUGAUUGGUCGGUCGGGUGGUUGGAGCCUCAUGCACACGAAUUCCAGUGCGAGACAGAAUCCGAUAGCAGCUUUGCUGUCUUGGUCCCUUGCUAUCGGCGCGGGAUCGGCAAGCCGGAGAAGAGUGUAAAAAUUCGUUCUUUGGGCGCGAGUAAUCUCUCUGAGGGCAAGAGUUUCAUAGAACAGUGGCUUUCUUCUCUUCAGAACUCCUAAUGCCGCGAAAUACUGCCCAUCUGGUCUAGUCCAUUCAUUCUUUUCCAUUACCAAUUAUACCAGGUCGCGGAAAGAUUACGACAAAAGCAAAGGGAGCAGCAGGGGUAAUUUUAGGAUCUUUAGAUGGAUAUGCAUCUCUCCCGGCAAGGCUUAAGCAAAGCUCCAAGAGGCUUGCUUUCUCAUCAUAGGUCGAGAUUCUUUUAGAGGAUUAUUAAAGUGGUGAUUGUUUUACAUAGUGCAUUUGCUUUUUGCCUCCAUUCGGGGAUUUACUCUGCUAUUGGUACUGUAAUAUGAUUGUAAAUACAUUCUUAGUAAAUAUCACCAUAGUUAUGGAGCUCAUAUUUUCGCAA